ACUUCACCCGCCCCUCUCCCGCCCCCCGCUGGAGGCGGGCCUAGGCUUUGGCGUUUCAUCCGUGCGAAUUUCAGUCACGGCCCGUCGCGUUCGCUGAGGAAGAGAACAGGAAAGGCUUUGUCAUGGCUGCAUUGAGAGCCUCUCGGGCUGUGCGAAGCAUCGUUGCUUGUGGCUUGAAAGCACAAUCCAGUCAUGCUGCUGCAACAUCACCAAAAAGCAAAUCUGCUGCUGGUUAUAGCUUUGAACUUACUGAUGAACAGAAAGAAUUUCAAGCUACAGCUCGUAAAUUUGCUAGAGAAGAAAUCAUACCUGUUGCUUCUCACUAUGACAGAACUGGAGAGUAUCCUGUUCCUAUCAUUAAAAGGGCAUGGGAGCUUGGUUUGAUGAAUUCACACAUACCAGAAAGUUGUGGUGGUCUUAACCUUGGUACUUUUGAUACCUGCCUUAUUACUGAAGAAUUGGCUUAUGGAUGUACAGGAGUUCAGACAGCUAUUGAGGCAAAUUCCCUAGGUCAAAUGCCAGUCAUAAUUGCAGGAAAUGAGCAACAGCAAAAAAAAUAUUUAGGAAGAAUGACUGAAGAGCCCUUAAUGUGUGCAUAUUGUGUAACAGAACCUGGUGCAGGCUCUGAUGUAGCAGGUAUAAAGACAAGAGCUGAAAGGAAAGGAGAUGAAUAUAUUAUUAAUGGACAAAAAAUGUGGAUCACCAAUGGUGGCAAGGCUAAUUGGUAUUUUUUAUUGGCACGUUCCGAUCCUGAUCCAAAAGCUCCUGCAAGUAAAGCUUUUACAGGAUUUAUUGUGGAAGCUGACAGCCCUGGAAUACAGAUUGGAAGAAAGGAGCUUAACAUGGGCCAGCGCUGUUCAGAUACGAGAGGGAUUGUUUUUGAGGAUGUAAGAAUACCCAAAGAAAAUGUACUUAUGGGUGAAGGAGCUGGCUUUAAAAUUGCCAUGGGAGCAUUUGAUAAAACAAGGCCUCCAGUAGCAGCUGGUGCUGUUGGAUUAGCACAGAGAGCUUUGGAUGAAGCUACAAAAUAUGCUAUGGAAAGAAAAACCUUUGGGAAGGUCAUUGCAGAGCACCAAGCAGUGUCCUUCAUGUUGGCUGAAAUGGCACUGAAAGUGGAACUGUCUCGCCUGGCCUACCAGAGGGCAGCAUGGGAGAUAGAUGCUGGUCGUAGAAAUACCUAUUUUGCCUCUAUAGCAAAGGCAUAUGCUGGAGACAUUGCAAAUCAAGUAGCUUCUGAUGCUGUCCAGAUUUUCGGAGGAAAUGGAUUCAAUAGUGAAUAUCCAGUAGAGAAACUAAUGAGAGACGCAAAAAUAUACCAGAUUUAUGAAGGAACAGCUCAAAUUCAGAGAAUAAUUAUAGUUCGUGAACAUAUUGGCAGGUUUAAAGCUUGAGAAUGUACAUUAGCUUGAUUUACAAAUGUUGGGCUUUUUUUUUUUCCUGGUGCUUUACUUUUCAUGUUGAACGAAAAUGGCAUCAAUAGUAAUAUUGUCAAAACCUAAUACAUGAAAAAGCCAGCCACUUAAUUUCUGGAACUAUUCAAGAUAUUUUAUAUUUUUGUUCAACUUUAUCAUGACAUGUUUGUCUCUGUUGUCUGAAAUCUCUGUAGUAUAUUUAAGUGCCUUGGAUUUCUGUAAUUGAACAGGUCCCUGACAUGAAGAAUUCAAUAUAAAAUUGAAACCUGGGAGCCAUGUGUAAAUUAGAUGUUGUUAGGUUUGCAUUGCAACAAUUACUACAUAUUAUAUAUUGAUUACAAGAUUUAAAAUAGUUUUGUAGAUAAAUUAUUUUGCCUGCAGUUGGAUUCAUAAAGAAUAUAGAAGAGUUACUUUUGUUUUACAGAGCAGAAUGAAAUUUAAUGAAAGCUCCUUGCUGAAAGAUGCCCCCCCAAAAAAGUAUCCCAAUUUCCUUUCCCAUGCCUUAACUCCACUGAUUGGAAUGCACUUCAACACUCUAUGAUAAAUUUUUGAGCAUGUUGUCAAGGAAGAAGAGAGACAUAUAUGGCAAUGGUGCCUUAAAUGUUAUGGUAUUCCUUGAUAGGUACUCCUUGACCUAUGACCAUUCAAUCAACAAUUCCAAGUUACACUGGCACUGAAUGAGUGGUGGUUACAACCAGUUCUUGGAAUUCUGGCCAUCCCAGGUUCCCGGUAGUCAUGUGAUUACAAUCUGGGUGCUUGACAACCAAUUCACACUUAACAGCUAAUUGAUAUGCAUCCCACAAUCACAUGAUUGCCACCUGCAGUCUUCCCUGCCAACUUUCCCAGAAGGCCAGUGGGGAAGCUAGGAGAAAAGAUUGCAAGUUGCUGGGGCAAGUGUUUCCUAUCACAUACCGUCUCCUAGCCUCUAUGCACUCACUUUGCAUUAGCACUCAGCCUUCAGAUCUACGCACACAUUACUGACCUGCAUGGCACUUUGUGCAUUCUCACCAAUCCUCACAGCAUCUCUCACAUACUUUUUCCUGACCCAUGCAGCAUUCUUCAAGCACCCCUUUACAUCGCAUCAUUUGAGAAUGCAAAUUCCUGUCACAAUUCCUGUUGUAAGGACUAUUUGUGGUCAGAUAUGAUAAACAGCCAUGCAAUCCAAUUUUUCCCCUAAUAAUUUUAUUAUAUUUGCAAUAUUCUAAUGAGCGGUAAUUCAAAUUACUAGUACAAAAUUCUAUAUGCUUAAAUGGGAACUUUUUUUUAUAAUGGAUGUAUAUAGUUAUUUUGGUAUUGAAACUGAGACAGCUGAUUCACAUUAAUCCUUAUCUGCACUGAAAUAUGUUAAACUGUCUUACCCCAAAGAGUCUGAGUUUAUUUAAAUAGCAAAACCAAAUGGAAAAGUUAAAAAAAAAAAAACACCUUUAGGUCAUGUUCCUGAUUUUAUUUCCCCAAUAAAACAUUAUUUGCUAAUGAAAUGUUUUUUUCUUCUCUCGCACCUUGCACACCCCCUAGAUCAGGCAUGUCAAACUUGCGACGUAUCGUGACUUUUUCCCCAUUGCCAGCACUGGGGUGGGUGCAGUUUCAGUAUGAUGCAUCUGACCCGUGGGCUGGCAGUUUGACAUGCCUACUCUAGAUCUACUUUAAGGGUCUUCAUUUACUUUUGACAAAAGUGACAGGAACCCCCAUCAUAGCAGGGAAAAUCUGCUAAAAUAAUAUUAGAUUUAUAACAGAAAGAUUAAUGUUUGUAUGUGUAAGUUAUGCUUGCAGAACUAUACAAGCACGGAAAGGAUUUACCCACAUAACGUCUUUACCUCUAGUCUGGAACUGCCUGCUUACUGUUCAUUGAGUACAUUAGCACAGCAAUCUAUCACUGGGUUAAGGUUAUUUUGAAGAAGACUGCCAUUGUUUUCUUUUGGAAAAUGCAAGAAAACCUCCUGUCUGAAUAAUUUUUGUGCAGUACUACCUCUCACCUAUUGCAUUUAGCCAUAGGGUUGUCUACCUGGAGAAGUAACUGUUGCUGAAAGGGUCAGACACCUCUUUUGUUUAGCUUUUCCUUCCGUUGGUGGGGGUUCAGUCUGGGGAAUAUGAACCUUGUGGAAUACCUCAUUAUUUUGAUCAAAAUGCAGCACACAACACAGAUUGUCACCCAGAUCUGAGAAGCACCCAGGCUAAAUGCAGAUCUUCAGCUUCCCUCUUUUUAUUGGUUAUGUCUGUACUACCAACAAAGCCAUCAUUCGUACCCCAAUAGCAGCAACUAUUGUUGUGAGGACAGCAACACUGAAGACCUUGUUGUGGAGCCAAAAUAAGGGACAGAGUCAAGUCAUUUUCAGAUGAUAUACUUUUCUCCCUUUCCAGAGUAGGAGGAAGAUACAGUGGAGUCCAAGUGCUUCAAAAAAUAAUUUUGUCACCUUUUCCAGGCUGAUGACUAUUAGCAGUUGUUUUCAAAGAUCCUCAGAAUUUUUUUCCAGCUGUUACACACUUUCAUAUAUCUGCCUUGUGAAUAUCUCACUGAUAAUGAAGAACUUGAAUCUGUUCUUGAACUAAGGCAGGACCUCCCGCAUUCACACCUGAUUAUCAUCCCGUUAAUUGAAACACCUAACUAAUUUCACCAUCAAAUGAGGGUGAGAUUCAUAUACUUGUGCCACACAGAAAUAUGUAUCUUUGGAUCAUUUUCCUCAAUAAAUUAACAAGUGUG